CUAUUGAACAUUAUCAGCAACCAAAACAUUCCUAUUGAAGAUUAUCAGCAACCAAAACAUUGUCAGCAAAUAAAAGAUUGAACAUUAUCAGCAACCAAAACAUUCCUAUUGAAGAUUAUCAGCAACCAAAACAUUCCUAUUGAAGAUUAUCAGCAACCAAUAUACAAAAGAAACCAGAGCCUAUAAAUAGAGGAUUAAGCAUAGAAAUAAGUUAGUCUUCUAUUAUACUGAAGCAUAUGAACUUCAGGUUAGAAUUGAUUUAAGUACAUCUUGGUACCAAUAAAAUUAUAUUUAUUUAUGUACAUCGAGAGUAUGAAUUUAACUGGGGGCUCAAUAAGUGAAUAAUAAAAGGAACUCCUAAACAAUCAAAUUCCACACGUCCUGAAAAAGAGGACAAGGAGAACCAAAAAUAAAACUGGACCGCUUCCGAAAAAAGCGAUUACAAGUGUUUGAUCAAGGCAGAGGAAUCAUUAUGGAAGCAAGGGUAGUAACCUUGGAACAAGCUUAUGCCGCUGUAGAAGCACAAUUAGCCCAGCUGCAGCAAGCGCAAGUACCUGAAAUCGAAGAAUUCCAACCGAUAAGUCCCAGGAUAAACAAUGCAAAUGAAAUAAGUUUGAGACUAUUCGAACGGCUACUAGUAUUCAACGGAGAUACAUCCAAAUACAGGACAUGGAUGGCAACCAUCAUAUCAGCAAUGAGUCCCAUAGAAGCCUUUCGAGAUACCAAACCAUAUUACGAUGCAUUAUUUAUAAUACGUCACACGAAGAUCGAAGGAGAACCAGCAACUCUUCUACAGAAUCAUGGCACAGUAUUUCACUUACAAGCAAUACUCAAUCGCCUAGAUUACAGCUACGCCGAUACUAGAAGCUAUAACGCCCUCAUAGAGGAAAUGAAAAGACAAAUACAAGGAAGACAGACGCUAUCCGAAUUCCACAGCAAGAUCUGUCAAAUCUUUAAUUUAGCAAUGACUAAAUGCGAAAUUGAUUACCCAGGGAAUACUCACUCUCUACAGCAGGUCACAAAAGAAAUGGCCAUAGAUUGCUCCCGCAAUGGCAUAAAUGAUGAAUUUACUCAACACCCAUUAUAUGCAGCAAAACUAAGAGAUUUAGAAAGUGCAUACGCAAUUGCCACGGAGAUUCUUUAUAAAAGGCAGAACAAUCCGAUACGACGAGAAGCUUAUAACUACCCCAAACACCCACAAAACGAACGGAAGUAUCAACCAGGAGUUCAACCUAUUCCCCACAUAGAAAGAUCAAACCCGACACCAAUGGACGUGGAUACAUCAAUAGGAAGAUUCCGGCAACCCACGAAUAAUCAGCAUCAACAACAGCAAUCGUAUCAACAGAAUCCCUUCAGAAACAACUAUGAACGACAAAGAGCAGGAUACGCACCUUUCAAUUCCAAUAGAGGAGAACCAUUUAAAAGAAACCACCAACCAACGUCAUCCAGAUAUAAUAUAGCACCACAGAAACUACAAAGGAUCAACCAAAUAACGGAUAAUAAUAGUGAUCAGUCAUUAAGGGUAAAUAUAGAUGAAAGCGAAUUUGAAAAUAGAGCUACUUUUUUAGACGAGUAA